AUGGGGGGAGAACUUGGCUACCGUGGUUGUGGUUCACCUGUUAAUAUUCAGUAUUAUUAAUGGUUCUGUAUUAAGUUCUCGGUGACAAUAUUGAGAUAUCAUGACACUGGAAUUCUGGGAUACCUACAACUGAGUAGGUUUUCAUGUCUGUUUGGAUUCUGCAGGCACCGUGUGCGUGAUUUUUAAACUGUGAAUUGAGACCACGCUGUGAUCAAGGGGAGAAGGGUGUAUGUGGGGCUCGGGUGAAGACGAGGCUGGAGAAAAAAACCAAGAACACCAAGAAGAAGAAGAGGAAGAAGAAGAAUACACACUGUUUGAUCGGGUUGCGACCGGCAAGGAGUACGUGAUGAUGGUGAAGCAUGAGCCUGGCUUCCUCGUCAUCAUCGUCGUCAACUUCCUCGUGCUCAUCGUCACGAUCUUCUUCAACGUCGAGGUGCAGCCCAUACCACAAAUACACAUAAACAACUUGUUCGUGAAUGGAUACGCUAACAUCUCGGACAGUUUCCCACUGGAGAUAACACCAGCCAGCUGGACGUAUUCGCUGUGGGGCGCUGUGUUCGCCUGGCAGCUCGUCUGGGCCAUCUACAGCCUCGUGUCCAUCUUCCGGAAGACUUCUGAAGGUCCCGUCUACCUGUGCCCGGUCCUGCUUCCUCGGUUCUUCUUCCUUCUCUUCUCUCUCGGCCUCUGUUUCAACAUCGGCUGGAUGUUCCUCUGGGACAGGAUGUACGUCUCCAUCGCCUUCAUCUUCGCCUUCCUCAUGACCUUCACCUUGUUCGGAGCUCUAGUCUUGUCGUACCGUGGGCUGGGGAGGAACUCGUACCUCCUGAAAUCUCUGGGCCGACGCGCCGACCUGUGGAUGGUUCGAGUUCUCGUCCAGAACGGCGUCGCCUUCUACGCCACGUGGUCCGCGCUCAUCGCGCUGCUAGACCUCGGCUCAGUUCUGUCUUACGCCGCGAUCCCUCAACUGGACGUCGGUCUAUCGUCCACCAUUGUUCUCGGACUGGUUUCUGGUUUCGUCGUGGUCUACUUCCUGGUGGAUAUUUUCCUGGCGGACCGGUACAGCCGCUACACCGUGAGUCCGUACGUGGUGAUGAUCGUCUUUCUCACCGGAGUGUUCGUCACGGCCUGGCGGGGCAGCACGCUGAACGGAGUGUUCUCCCUUUCACUGCUGGCCACCUGCAGCACGCUGUCGCUCAUCAAACUGUUCUACAUCUGCCUCCAGGAGGCGACCACGCCCAAGGAAAAGGAGCUGGACAUUUUGAAAGAGUUGGACGAAACUCGCAGUUUACUCAAAUAAACAGGCAAUAAAAAACAACACAAAAACCCCAAAACAAACAAUAAACGAAAAAAACAAAACAAGAAGAAAAAACAAACAACUACAAACAAUAACACCCACCCCACACAUGCACACGAAAGAUUAGCGGAUAAAAAUCCCCGUGCACACACACACACAUACACAUACAGGCACACACACAUACAGGCA